AUGGGUAGAGCUCCAUGCUGUGACAAAGCUAACGUGAAGAGAGGUCCGUGGUCUCCUGAAGAAGAUGAAAAGCUCAAAGCUUAUAUUGAAAAAUAUGGUACUGGUGGCAACUGGAUUGCUCUUCCCCAAAAGAUUGGGCUUAAGAGAUGUGGAAAGAGUUGUAGAUUAAGAUGGUUGAAUUACUUGCGACCCAACAUCAAGCAUGGUGGAUUCUCCGAAGAAGAAGACAACAUCAUCUGCAGCCUCUAUAUAAGUAUUGGCAGCAGGUGGUCCAUAAUUGCAGCCCAAUUGCCUGGAAGAACAGAUAAUGACAUAAAGAAUUACUGGAACACCAAACUGAAGAAGAAGUUGCUUGGAAGGCGCAAACAGUCCCAAAUCAAUCGCCUUUCGGCUGCAAGUAAGGACCAGAAAGAUACAAAUGGCACAGAAGAUGGCACCCAGGUGCAGGCCUUGAGCAACUCCGCCAUCGAAAGACUUCAACUUCACAUGCAGCUUCAGAGCCUUCAAAACCCUCUCUCUUUCUACAACAAUCCUGCUCUGUGGCCCAAGUUGCAGCUCCUUCAAGACAAGAUGGUUCCGAGCCUCCAAUGCUUGCAUCAAAGCCCUAACCCUAUGAUGCAACACGUUCAAGCUAGUCCUCAAACUGGACAUGGACCAAAUGUUGAUUUCUAUGAACCACCCAAUGGUUCUAUUGGGCUACAACAAGAGUAUGAUUCUUUAAAUGGUUUAUCAUCAGCAGACAAUGCAAUUGCGUUCCACACCGGAAAUAAUGUGCUAGACUCAACUGUUGUGCCGGAAUCAGAUGGUACGGAACAAAACAAUGCAGGAAUUCAGCCAGUUUCGACGUUCCAAACUGAACUUGACAACUUUCUCAACAACAAAACAGUUGAAUUUCAACCAAGAGAGGAUCAGCUAGCUGAUUGUGAUUGGUUCAAUGAAAUGGAUGGUUCGCUUGGGUGGUCCAACGGCUUCAAUAUGCAAUCAGCCUCCUCAAACUCUUGGGAUUCUACUUCUGUUCUUCAUCAGUCAGAAGGGAUGUGUCAAGAUUAUGUAUUAGGAUACAAUCUGCAGUGA